AUGAGGAGCCUGCUGGUUCUCACUUUGGUGGUAGCUACUGCGUACGGAUGUGGUCUUCCCACUUUCCCCCCUGUGCCGAGCAGGGUGGUGGCAGGAGACGAGGUCAGGCCUCACAGCUGGCCCUGGCAGAUCUCGCUGCAGUCAGACAGCAGUGGGCGCUACAGGCACGUCUGCGGAGGAACCCUAAUCUCCUCUCUCUGGGUCCUCACUGCCGCCCACUGUAUCAGUGACCGCUACAACUACAGAGUGGAGCUGGGUAAACACAGCCUGAAGGCGAGCGAGGAGGGAUCCGUAGCUCUGAGUGCGGCUGAAAUCAUCACUCAUGAGGACUACAACAUUCUGCUCAGCCGUAACGACAUCGCCCUGAUCAAGUUGUCUUCCCCUGUCACCUUCUCUGACACAAUCAUGCCGGCCUGCCUCCCAGACCCAGGUGUCACCCUGCAGCACGGUUCUCGCUGCUACGUCACCGGCUGGGGUCGACUCUUGACCGAAGGUCCUCUGGCUGACAUCCUGCAACAGGCUCUCCUGCCAGUCGUUGGCCACGACAUCUGCUCGCAGCCCGACUGGUGGAGCGUCCUGGCCACAGACAAGAUGGUCUGUGCUGGCGGAGACGGCAUCACUGCAGGAUGUAACGGAGACUCAGGCGGCCCCCUGAAUUGCCAGAACCCUGAUGGCUCCUGGGACGUCCACGGCGUGGUGAGCUUCGGCUCCGGUCAGGGCUGCAAUGUCCUCCAGAAACCUACCGUCUUUACAAAAGUCAACUCCUACAUCAGCUGGAUCAACACAGUGAGGACAAUUUUUACUUUCUAA